AUGUCUUCUGAUCCCGGGCGCAUUUAUACUGGAUCAUGGGUCAACUACUCCAAAGGCCCCAUCUCUGGAGGGACAUUGACGCUGUCUAGCUCACACGGAGCUUUCUUGGUCGCAUUCCUCGGUGUGUUCAUCACCUUGGUUGGAUCGCAAUUCUGGGUUCUUGUCAGUUUCACUCUUCACCAGCUGAGUUGCACCAAGACAUAUGAUGGGCUCAAGAAGCAGCACCAGGUGAUCCUACGGAAUAGCGGGACCUCCGCUGGCGCUGCCUACGAAUUGCUCCUCCUUCCAUUCAGUUGGAAGCCAAAAAAAGAUCAAUUAGAAACCCUCGAUGGUUCCCGCCUGUGGCCCUUCUUGAAACGCUCCUGGCUUCUGUCCCUCGUCCCCCUCCUCUCGUUCGGGUUGUUCUCUGGCGCGGGGGUGCUCUCAUCCCAAGUGACCAAAGCGGCCGGCGACGAGUUGCUGGUCGUGGGCUCUAGCUGCGGACAAUGGAACUUCAAUGCGCAAGCGCCGAUGAGCUCGUAUCUGGAGAAGUCCCAGAACGAGAGUCAGAUUGCAUCCAACUACGCCCGCGAAUGCUACGGAGCCUCGACACGGUCGACCACCUGUAGUACUUAUGUGCAUCAACAAAUCAAAUGGUCCGAGGAUCAGAAUGCCACUUGUCCAUUCAACGGCGGAAUGUGCCUACUAGGCGACACGGCUACCUUAAAGCUCGACACGGGCUAUAUCGACUCCCAUUCGGUGCUGGGGAUCAAUAGUCGGGAAAAGGAUCGCAUCAACUAUCGACGAGUCACCACUUGCGCGCCUUUGAAUGCUUCCGACAGGAUACUUCCGAACAAAAUCCCGGGCACAAGUAUCAUCUACUACAAUUACGAUUUUGGACCUCUGAGUAGUGGCAAUUACACGUGGACAUACUAUGAAGUUUUCUCUACUCUAGGUGGACUUUUAUACUCACUCUUACAACAGGUGAACGAGGCCGGGGCGCCCAACCAGUCUUGGUUUCCAGAUCCUGAUCUGGCUCAGACAGACGCAGACAUCACUCUCUUCAUGUUGUCAGCUAAUAAUGUCGCAUACACCAAGCCUGUGACUGAUCCCUUCUUUCAAGCAACGAAGCAAAUCAAGGUUGAAACAUCAUCAGGAACGGAAGAGUACUACAAAGCGAAUGACUACGACGAAUUUGUCCACUUUGCGGCAUGCGUGGACCAGCAUCAGCUUUGCGACCCGAAUACUAAACCUCCAAACUGCACGGCUUUUCACGGAUGGACGACUCUUCAAGCGGGAGUAUUGGAUCUAGCGUGGACUACGUCGCGUCAGUUGGCCACAGCGCUACGUGUCCAGCAAGUGUUGCAGUACUCGUCCAUGUUCUACACCACUUCUGGUCGGGGCGGUCUGGCUCUUCGUGCGUCAGAAAAAGUGUCAGACAUCAUUAGCGCAGGCCUCCCAAAUAAUCAGUGGAUGCUCGAGAUGUCGAAUCUAUUUGCAAUGGCGCUGGCUCGGCUCCAGCACAGCAUCGUGGAAUAUGCCACUGGGCCUUCGGACGUUACAGAUGGGAUGAUCGUGCAGGGGCCCUCGGACUCGGAAGGUCAAGCUCUCUGCUCUGCACAGAUGAUACGAAACACGGGCUUGUACGCGAACUUUUCGGUGCUCGGCUUAAGUCUCAUCGUGGGGUUAGGGACACUCAUCAUUAUUGCCAGCAUUGUUCUGGAGUCGGUGGUCGAAUUCUUCCGUCGUCGCCGCCAAUACAAGUCGGUCAACGAUGCUGUUGACAAGAGUCUACAGUGGGUUUUAGAUGGCAAAUUCCAACUCAUGCGCCUGGCAUAUGAAGGUAUCGGUGUCGGGACGUGGGUUCGGACAGGGCAGCAUAUUCCAGUGGUCAAAGAAGGAGAACAAAAGAUCUUUGGCGCAUUCAAGGAAUCCAAGAUGGAUCGUGGGGGAUCCUGA